AUGUCAAACGUACAAUACAUCGAACAGCCUCCAAAAUAUUGCCCGGGCAGCAGCAAAGAGUCGCCCCUCAUUCCUGGGGGUCGCGGUCGCGCGGUCCCCACUGAGGAGAAGGCCGAGCGGCGGCCCCCUCCGACGCCUGCUCCCUCCGCUGGCUCAGCUCUCCAGCCCCCCGGGGUGGGGGGGUUUCACAUGCCUCCACUCGGGAUCCUCCCAAGUUUGAAAAAGGGCGCGUGGGGAACUUGCUCCGGCGGCCACAAACCCGGGGGCGGCGGCGGCGGCGGCGGCGGCGGCGGCUCUGGCAGCGGCGGGCAGACGCCAGGGCCUGGGCCAGCCCGCGGGCUGGGCAGCGGCCGCGGGGCUCGUCACAGUGCGCCGGGCUUCAUGGGUCACCGGAAGGGAAAGCAGAUCGGGGAUCCCCGCGCCCCCGAGGCGGCUCCCGCCGCACCCGUGGUCGUGACCGUGGCCGUGGCGGCUGCGGCGGCUGCUGGCCCGGGCGGGGGGGAGUGCACUUCCUGCCGCGGCCGCGGCUCGAGGCUCGGCGGGGGGGGGGGGGGAAGGACGCGGCGGCCCCGGCCGGCGGCGCUAGCCCCGGUGCCGGCUCCUCGCGAGGCCUCGGGCGGAGCGAGGCCGCGGCUGGGCGCUGCCCGAAGGCGGCGGCGGCGGCUCCCACACGAGGCCGGCCCGGGCCUGCUCGCGCUCGGCGGCGGCGGCGCUGGCGGCGUGGGAAGCAGUCUGGCCGGGCCCACUCGGUCCCGGAGCCCGCGGCGGGCAGCUGCUCAUGCCCCUCCUCGGCCGCCGGGAGGAGGGCGCCGGGCAGGAAGAAGACGACGGCGGGCGGCGGCGGCGCCGCGGGCGGGCCGGGGAGGGCGCUCACGCUGGCCUCCCGGGCGCUCGCUCCGGGCCCGCGUUCGGCCCCUCACCUCCGCCCGCCGCCGCGGGUGCUCCGGGCCAGGCCGGGCCUGGCUCCGUCCUGCUUCCCUGCCCCCCCCUCGGCCCCGCGCGUGGCGGCCGAGCUUCUCCCCGCGCCCCCACCGCGAGUGGCUGGGCGGUUGGCAGCUAGGUGGGGGCGUGCGAGCGGGCGCGCGCCGGGGAGCAAGGGCGGCCGAUGGAGGGACGAGCGCGGCCUCCGCGCCUCGGCUCGCGAGUGGGAGUCAGGGCGAGAGCGAGAGAGUGUGCGGGGUGAGCCGGCGAUGCGCGCGCACGCUCUCCGUACCCCUCCCCACCCCUCCCCCUCCUGGCCCCGGCGUCCCAGCGCCCGCAGCCCGGACUCCGCCGCCAGCCACUCCUCCCGGCGGGGCCGCAGCCAAACCCGGCGCUCCCCCCGCGCCCGCUCCCGGACCUCCUCUGAGCGCAUGCCCCACCCGCGCCGCAGGCGGCCCAUUUAUUCCGCUCUAG